AUGGAUGCCUCAUUUUCACCAAUAGAAGCGAUCAUAAGAAAAUUAUCGCGCCAACAAUUCGAAGGUGAUCGCACUGGUUCAAUUGAAUUACGUGUGUAUCAUGUAUUACGUUUACAAAUGGAUGAACGUACCAAUUUUGAAGAUUUAUCAAAUGAUGUUUUCUUCGAAAUAUUUGAUUAUUUGGAUGGUCUUGAAAUUUUCACUGCAUUUACUUCAUUGGAUCGACGAAUUUCAUCAAGUUUACAAUCAAUUCCACUUCGUAUUAUUAUUCUAGAGGAUUAUUGUCUUCGUCAAAUUGAGUUUCUUUCUUCUCAUCUUACUCUUCAUAGUCAUCAAGUUAUGUCAUUAGAAAUUCCUGAUACAAUUCGUGAUCAUUCUUCAAUUAUUAGUUGA